CAAACAUAUAUUAAGCAGAGUCGGUCGUCAAAGUUGUUUCCUGCUUUGAGAUGAAACACCAAAUCCGACCAAAACCAAAUCACAAACAAAACAAUCUCGUAAACUCCGAAUGAAGAACCAAAACAACCUUAACAUAAUCACCAAGAAUCCAGAAUCACCUCUAACAUCAAACAUGGAUCCUCAAAUUUGGAGCAAAUUACCACCUGAAAUCCUAGAAAAUGUUCUCUCUUUCCUUCCUCUCAAAACCUUCAUGAGUCUUAGAUCCACUUGCAAAGGUUUCUGGCCAUUGAUUUUCUCUCCUUCAUUCAUCUCCAAACACUCACCUUCUUCUUCACCUUUCUCUUCUUUUCUCUUACUUUCUCACCCUCAAUUCCGCACUCACUUUCCUCUCUAUGAUUGCAACCUUCAAACAUGGCGUAACAUCUCUCUUUCGUUCUCUGAUUCACUUCACUCUUCACCACCUUCUUUCACUACUACUCUUGUCUCUUCUGGUGGUCUUUUCUGUUUAACCGAUUCUCUUUCAUGUUCUUUACUUGUUUGUAACCUUUUAGCCAAAUCCAAAAGAAAAAUUCAAUACCCUAAUUUCAAUCUUCAUAUUGAGCAUCUUACCUUUGUUUCAACUCCAAAAGGGUACUUCAUUUUUAUACUCUCUUCUGAAUCAUCUUCAAAUAAUGCUUAUCUUUAUGAAUCAAACUCAAAGGUUGAAUCUUGGAGGAAAUUCAAUGGUUUUGAUCCGAUUCUUAGUGAUAACCCUCAUCAACAAGGUGUUUACUUUAAAGGAGGUUUGUAUUUUGCUACACCAGAGCCUUUUUCUGUUGUGUAUUUUGAUUUGGAAAAUGGAAAAUGGGAGAGGCCUGUUUGUGAUUUACCUAAUCAACUCACUUUUGUGAGAUUGGUUAGUAUGAAUGAUGAUGAUGAUGGUGAUUAUGAUGGUAAAAAACUGUUUUUGAUUGGUGGGGUUGGGAGCAAUGGAAUUUCAAGGAGUAUUAAACUAUGGGAAUUGAGUGAAGAAGGGACUAAUUGGGUUGAGAUUCAGAGUUUGCCUGAUUUGAUGUGUAGGAAAUUUGUGUCAGUUUGUUAUCAUAAUUAUGAACAUGUUUAUUGUUUUUGGCAUGAAGGAAUGAUUUGUAUAUGCUGUUAUACUUGGCCAGAGAUUUUGUAUUAUUUGGUUUCUAGAAGGACUUGGCAUUGGCUUCCUAGGUGUUCUUCUUUGGCUUUGAAAUGUAGCUGUGGAUUUAAGUGGUUUUCUUUUGUUCCUAAGUUGUAUGCUCAAGUUUGAAGGGUGAAAAAGAGUGAAUGUUUUUUGAGGUUUUUGUUUUAUGGUUCUUGUGUUGUAGAACUUGUAUGUAAUGUAUCAUGUAACAACCAGAAAUGUUAUGUUAUGAGGAUUGCACCAUAUUUUAAUUUAAAGUUUGUUUAAGA